AUGGAGGCCAUCGAAGAGCUGGAGCUCAAACCCUGCACCUCCUCCCUCUACCUGCGGCCUUUCCGGCUCUGUUACCGGCAGAAUGGCACUAAGAAGUUCUGGGAUUUUAUGAGGACACAUGACAGUGUGUCAAUCCUGAUCUUUAACACUUCCCGGCAGUGCUUUGUUGUGGUGAAGCAGUUCCGCCCAGCUGUUUACAUGUGUGAAGUAGAAAGGCAUCAUCCUCAAGUCUUUCAGAAUCAGGGCAAGGAGAGCUUCUCUCAUCUAGGGGAUCCCUUACCUGCUGUGGUGGGAGUGACCUAUGAACUCUGUGCUGGCAUUGUAGACAAACCAGACCUGUCUUUAGAAGAAAUUGCAUGUGCAGAAGUCUUAGAAGAAUGUGGCUAUCGUGUUCCCGUUACAGAUCUAAGGAGAAUCACUUCUUACAGGUCUGGAGUUGGUGUGACAGGUUCUAGGCAGACAUUAUUUUAUGCAGAAGUAACAGAUGAGAUGAGAACUGGUGAAGGAGGUGGCCAGCCUGAAGAAGGAGAGCUGAUUGAAGUUGUAGAAAUACCUUUAGAAGACUCUAUGAAGUUUGCUUAUGAUGAGACUCUCCCGAAGACAAUGGGUGUCAUCUUCAGCUUCAUGUGGUUUCAAAACAACAUAGCACCCAAGCUACCAAAAAAAUAA